AUGAAUAUUGAUGCAGCUGAAAAAUGCUGCAAAAACAAAGCAACCAAAAUUGAUGAUGAUGAUGAUGAUGAAGAUGAUGUGUUACUUAAUUGCACCUUUAUAACUGAUCAUAAUGAUAAAUACCGAAUAAAUAGUCGAUUUAUUGAAUGCCGCUGUCCAUAUUUGAUUCCUCACAUGAAAUUUGAUGAAGGGGCAGAGCACUAUAUAAUAAAAACACCAGUUGACAUAAAAAUUAUAAAAGCAAUCUUUUACAUUUUAAAAUACGGAAGCACAGAUGUAGAGGACUGGCUUCAAUUAGAACGAAUCAUCCAAGUGGCGAAUCAAUGGAAAUUGGUUAAGGUUCCACAAUGUAUAAUUCAAAGAUUCAUUAGUCGUAUCAAUGAAGAAAACUGCAUUUCUGUCUGGCGAAUGUCUAUCAAAUACUCUCCCAGUGAUGCUAAAAAAGUUUUUGAAUAUGUACUGUACACGGUAAAUGAGUCUGUCAAAAAAAGAUACAAUAUUGAUUUUUUCCGUCUUCGAAGUCAUGACUUAUUUCAAAUUCUGGAUGCUGAUUUAUUAAAAAUAGAUAGCGAGAUAGAUGUAUGGAAUUUGUUAAAAAAAUGGAUUUUAGCAGAUCGCAAAGAACGUUUUGCAGCAUGUCGUUAUUUACUGAAAUCAAUUCGUUACAAUUUACUGAAUGAUGCAGAGAAAGCUCAAAUCAAGAAUGAUCUUAAUCGAAUGAGAAUUACAACUGGUAAUAAAAAAAGCAUUUCUUGGUCGACAAUUAAUGAAUAUAGAAGUCAACGUGAUUUCAUACUUGCCUUUGGAGGCUGGGAAAAGACUGGACCUUCAAAUGCAGCAGAAGUAUUAGAUAUAUUCAAAAAUCAAUGGCGAAGUGCGCUUACGAUUCAGGAUAAACGUAAAGUUGCAUAUCACGAAAACAUCGUUAUUGCUAAUAAAUUAUAUGUCAUUGGUGGUUUCGAUGGAACGCAAUAUUUUAAUACAGUUCGUUGUUAUGAUAGUAAUACAAGAGAAUGGAUGGAAUUAGCACCGAUGCACCAUGCUAGAUGUUACAUAGCUGCUUGUGAAAUAAGAGGUACAAUUAUUGUUGCUGGUGGUUCUGAUGGACGUACCCGACUUAAAACAGCAGAAAUGUAUGAUGCUAAAAAAAAUCAGUGGACUAAAAUUAGAAAUAUGCUGCAACGACGAUCAGAUGCAGCAGCUUGCGCUAUGGGUGGAAAAAUGUAUAUCGCUGGAGGAUUUACUGGUGAAACUGUGUUGCAGACAGUUGAAGUUUAUACACCUGAAACUGAUAUUUGGGUUGAAGUUGCUCACAUGAGUACACCGAGAUCUGGUCUUGCAUGUGUAGCAAGUACAGAUUUUAUGCUAAUUGCUGGUGGAUUUGAUGGUAUAAAUCGUUUAAGUACCGCUGAAAUAUUACGUAUUGGAAGUGCUCACACUGUUAUUGUACAAUCAAUGCCGAUUCCGAGGUCAAAUUUUGCUAUGUGUAAAAUGGGUAAUUAUUUCUAUGCUGUUGGUGGCUAUAGUACGUCGGUAACAAAAUCAGUGCUACGCUUUGAUGGCAAAAAAUGGGAAAGAGUCGCUGAUAUCUCAUCAGGAAGAAGUGCCUUAAAAGUGGUGAUUUUGAAGGCUUGGCCAGAUCCAAUGGAAUUAUUUUAUGAAGAUGUUACCGUGAAUUCUGAACCAAGAAGUCCUUGUCCAAAAUCAGUCAAAUCAAAAGAACACAGUGAUGGAGAAAUAAAUGCGUAA